GUAGUUUUCAACAUCUGGGUCUUCACCUCUCACUACCAUCAUUCAGCUGCUUCAAACUGAUCUCAACAUGGCUCUGAGAAUGCAUCUCCUUUCCCCCAAAGCCCCCCGACAACCUCCAAAAUUCCACACCAGUCCCUUCCCCUCCACCAGACCCAAAACCCGAACAAUCCAAUGCAAAAAGAAGAGCAUAAGCGAUGCCGAGCUCGCAUCAGAUUUGUCAAAGAUGACCACCCUUUUCGCGCAGAGAGACGAAGCCAUGAACAAGAGCAGAGAGCUUCUCUUCACAGAGCUGUGCCAAUUCCUGGAUUCAAAACCAGAGGAAGUCAAGAAGAAAUGGGGGAAAUUGGAUGAGGACGAGAAGCGCGUUUUGGUUAAAGGCUUUGUUUCAGAGUGGGGUGUCAAUUUUCACCCACUGUCUGCAAAAUCUGUUCAAGAUUUGGUCGAGGAGCACCUGCAGCACCGAAACCCACCUGCAAAAUCCCCUUUGUUUCCUGGUUUAAAGAGGAUGAUGGGUUUCUCAGAAGACAAAUAGAUUCAUUUCGUUGCUCAAUGUAAAACUUCAAUUUGGUCUUUCAAUCUUUUCCCAAGUCCUAACUUCAAUCGAAUUUUUUUCUUUUUUCUUCCAUCAAAUAAA